UUAGACGUUGCCUGGUUGGGGCAGGAGACUUGGGAGGGGUGAGGAGUUGGUGAGCGAGCUCGGGAUCAGCGGGUGACCCCAAAGGUUGUUGUCUCGGGGGAAUUCUUUAACCCCUAUCUUCUUCCACGGCUUCUUGGAGUCGCUGCUGUUCCUUGGGGGGAUGGGUAGCUUCGCGAAGCUGGCGAGGAGGGCGGUGGAGACGGACGCGCCAGUCAUGGUGAAGAUACAAGAACUGCUUCGAGGGGCCACGGACGUGAUGUCGCUUGCCCAGGGAGUUGUUUACUGGCAACCUCCUGAGUCAGCUAUGAAUAAGAUUGAAAAAAUCAUCAGGGAACCAGCAGUCAGUAGAUAUGGUUCUGAUGAUGGACUUCCUGAACUUCGUGAAGCACUUCUCGAAAAGCUACGCAGAGAGAAUAAGCUUACCAAGUCAUCAGUUAUGGUCACUGCUGGUGCAAAUCAGGUUAUGCCCCCCAAUUUGUUUCUGUUCAUUAAUUCUUUGGACACAUUCUUCCUUUCCUGUUCAACCAGGUCUUUUCUUACACCUAUAUUUUCAGGCUUUUGUGAACUUGGUCCUCACUCUUUGUGAUGCUGGUGAUUCCGUUGUCAUGUUUGCACCAUAUUAUUUCAAUGCCUACAUGUCAUUCCAGAUGACAGGUGUUACUGACAUAUUAGUUGGUGCUUGCGACCCCAAGACACUUCAUCCUGAUGUUGAUUGGUUGGAGAAGGUUCUGAAAGAAAAUGGACCUAUCCCUAAACUUGUUACUGUUGUGAAUCCGGGGAAUCCCUCUGGAGCUUUUAUUCCCAGGCCUAUGCUUGAGAGAAUUUCAGAUCUUUGCAAAAAUGCUGGUGCAUGGCUUGUUGUUGACAAUACCUAUGAGUACUUUAUGUAUGAUGGAAUGGAGCACUAUUGCUUAGAAGAUAAUCAUAUUGUCAACCUCUUCUCGUUCUCGAAGGCUUAUGGAAUGAUGGGGUGGCGUGUGGGAUACAUUGCAUUUCCAAAUGAAGCUGAUGGCUUCCAUGAUCAGCUCCUCAAAGUGCAAGAUAACAUACCUAUCUGUGCUUCCAUCAUCGGGCAGCGCCUGGCGCUUUACUCACUUGAGGCUGGGCCUGCGUGGAUCAAAGAAAGGGUGAAAGACUUGGUAAAAAACCGAGAGCUGCUCGUGGAUGCGCUGUCUCCACUUGGCAAGGACAAUGUCAAGGGUGGGGAGGGCGCCAUCUACCUCUGGGCAAAACUACCGGAUGACUACUCGGACGAUUUCGAAGUUGUCAGGUGGCUCGCAAACAAGCAUGGGGUCGCUGUGAUCCCAGGGAGCGCCAGUGGAGGCCCUGGAUACAUCCGCGUCUCCUUUGGUGGGCUCAAGGAGGAAGAUACCAGGCUUGCUGCAGAGAGGCUAAGGCGCGGCUUGCAGGAGCUGGUGACUGAUGGAAUGGUACAGUAACCACACAUUGGUGUAAGUAAAGGCUUAACAUUCAAGUUUUACAGGACUCCGAUUUUCCAAUGGUAUAAAAAUUCGUCUGGGAUUAAUCUGAGAGAAGAAAAGGACCUAUUUUCAAGAAUACAUUGUUGAAAAGGGCAAUUGGUGGAAGGAGAACUGAGACAGAAUAAAAGGCCUGUCAAUGCAGCCUGCAGAGUCACCUAUGUUAUAACUAGCAUAUCACCAUUGAGUACUUGUUGCUGUUUGACUUCCAGUUUUCCAUCUUACUGAUGACAGCAAUUGUACACAAACCAAAGUACAAGACUAAGAGUUAUGAGCUGUUCCUGACAUGCUUCCAUCUGA